AUGGGUUCGAUUGAGUUGCCAGCCAUGAAAACGAAGCCGAAGAUCAUCUUCUUCACUGACUUCGAUGGCACCAUCACCAUCAAAGAUAGCAAUGAUUUCAUGACCGAUAAUCUGGGCUAUGGUCAAGAAAAGCGUCGACAGGGCAAUAUAGACGUCCUCGAAAAUAAAAUCACGUUCCGGGAUUCAUUCCGCGAGAUGCUCGACAGCGUCAAGACUCCCUUCAACGAAUGCAUUCGCAUCCUACUCGAAAACAUGGAGCUGGACCCGCAUUUCACAGCGUUCUACAACUGGGCGCGGGACCACAAUGUUCCCAUCGUUAUCCUGUCCUCUGGCAUGGUGCCCGUCAUCCGCGCAUUGCUCGUCAAGCUCCUCGGUCACGAGCCGGAUAAUAUCCAGAUUGUUGCCAACCAGGUUGCGAGCAGGGAUGGAAAGGAUAUCAAUUCUGAAGGCGGGUGGCAAAUUGUCUAUCACGAUGAUAGCCACUUCGGCCAUGACAAAUCCCUCGAAAUCAAGCCGUAUGCCGCGCUUCCAGCAGGUGAGCGGCCCACGCUCCUCUAUGCCGGCGAUGGGGUUUCGGACCUAUCAGCAGCGUCGCAGACCGAUUUACUUUUCGCAAAAAAAGGGAGAGACCUAGUAACAUACUGUCAACGCGAGAAAAUCCCCUACACCGUCUUCGACGACUGGUCCAGCAUCCUGCAGACGACUAAGGAAAUUUGGGAGGGGAAAACGGAUCCGAAGACAGUUGCUGCAGUCGCGUCUGGUGCGAAGGGGUUGAGCAACGGAUAG